AUGGGCCGAUUUUAUAAUCCGUUCAGUCCUCGCCGAUCCACAGUCGCAGUUGCAGAGACCAUACCUGGACCUACCGCAGAGGAGCCACCGCCAGACGACCACACAACGGCGACACGAAGCCAUCACGCACCUCACCCCUCAGUCGGUACGAUUCCAGACAGGCUUGAUGACAUACGAGACUAUGUGCGUGGUGUCAGCACCUAUAUCCAUUGGUUUCAAAGCCUCACUGAACACGAACGAUCAAAUGUCGCGCGAGUUACGGAGGUCAAGCGCGAGUUGAAGCUUGCACACCGAAAUCUAGAGAAGCUUGAUGCUGACAUGUACUGCGAACUUGGGGACGAGACCGAGGCGCUGGUUAAAGAUGCCAUGAGACAUGCUUGGCGGUCGUACAGAAGCGUGGUGAAGCUCGAAGAAAAGUUGAGAGGUUCAAACGACGGCAGUGAUUCCGGUGUGAAGUUGCGUAGGAUAUCGGGACCGCAGAAUGAACGGAACACAUCGACGGAUCAUGGAAAAGUCGAAGCAUACACCCGCAGCGAUACGACGGAGGUAAAGCAAGCGCUCUACGAGGCCCUUGAUGUGCGACAGCAACCUGCCGAAGGCAACCGCGAUGAAAAUCCAUACCUUAUGUCUGGUGCUCUUCCGGUCGAGGAUAGGUCUCCGCAGAUCGAAGUUCAGAGAGCAGGGCGAGCUCAUGCUUUUGAAGCGCUGAGGCAGUUACCGCAUCUCCUUGCCCACGGAGCGCCGUCACAAUGCUCAGAAAGCCUCCACCUACCUGCAACGAAUCCCCAAAAGAUCCCACAGCCCAGAGACGAAGUCAAGGUUCGAGUUCAAGAGGAAGAGGCCAACACGGACUCUGUCCUGCGCAACCCAUACAAAGUGCGACGAGGCAGCUGCAACGGCUUCAUGAUUACAGAGAUGACGAUGCAUGCGAUCGAGGAUACUCGCUUCGUUUUGCCUUACCUGCACUACAUGAAGGUCCAUGAGCUGCGAGCCAUCAAGGAAUGGCUGGGUAAUGCGGGGUUCAUUGUGAGCUCUGGUUCAAUGAGUCGCACGGAAAAGGCCCUACUCUGCAUACAGCUCCUACAGACUGGCUGUCGAUACGAAACGUUGGCCGUGAUCCACUCGCGUUCACCACACGAGGUCAUGGAGUCGUGCAACGAAGUCAUGCGAGCUUUGUUGAAAUGGCAUCGUAUGACAGUUGAUGAUGAUGACAUAGGGAACCAGGCCAAGUAUAUUGUUCUCUGGGGCAUCUGGCAUAAGUACACCGUCUCGGAUGGAAAGGCAGGAGAAUACUUUGGGUUCGACUGGACGUGUCUUGCCAAAGUUCUGGUGUCACUCAACGUGUACAUGGGCCGCUGGCGUAUGCAGGGCAAGUUUGCCAUGGACGGUCCGGCGUUCGCAUGGGGCAAGUUCUUCGUGCCGAACGACAGCAGGUGCGUCGUAGAUACGAGAGACGGGGACCAAGGAGGGCGUAAUGACGCCGAGACGAGUUCCUUUUACGCUGUGGCUCGGCGGGGUAGGCUGAGAGAAAGCACAGACGGGUGA